CCCUUCGAGACCCCUCUCCUCUAUAUAUCUCCGGUGCUUGCGUUUAUACAAAGAUACAUUCACAUAGACGGAUGAAUAUAUAUAGAUAGAUUCUCACCCGUCACCAUUGUCAGCUAGCCCACAGUCUUGAGCUUAACCCGUUUUCAUUCUUAAUAUCUUGCAUUCAUACACACGAUAAGAUAUAUAAUAUAUAGCAGGAAACGAAGAAGGGUUGACAGAUAGAGAUAGAGAGAGAGAGAGAGAGCUAUGGCGGCGGCGGACAAGGUGGUGGAGACGGUGAUAGUAGGGAAUUAUGUGGAGAUGGAGAGGGAAGGGAAGCCCGUGGAUGUGAAAUCCAGGAUGUCGAAGCUCUUCUGGCAUGGCGGCUCUGUGUAUGACGCUUGGUUUAGCUGUGCAUCAAACCAGGUUGCUCAGGUUCUGCUGACCUUGCCGUACUCGUUCUCUCAGCUGGGGAUGCUUUCGGGCAUACUAUUCCAGCUGUUCUACGGGCUGCUGGGCAGCUGGACAGCCUACCUCAUAAGCGUUCUCUACGUGGAGUACAGAACCAGGAAAGAAAGGGAGAAAGUGGAUUUCAGGAACCAUGUGAUUCAGUGGUUCGAAGUGCUCGAUGGGCUGCUCGGAAAACACUGGAGGAACGUCGGCUUGGCUUUCAACUGCACCUUUCUUCUCUUCGGAUCUGUCAUUCAGCUCAUUGCCUGCGCUAGCAACAUAUAUUACAUAAAUGACCAUCUGGACAAGAGAACAUGGACAUACAUCUUCGGAGCCUGCUGCGCCACCACCGUCUUCAUUCCCUCGUUUCACAACUACCGGAUCUGGUCUUUCCUCGGCCUGCUAAUGACCACUUACACUGCUUGGUACCUCACCGCCGCAUCUCUCCUCCACGGACAGGUGGAGGAGGUGAAGCAUUCGGGGCCAAGCACGAUGGUGCUAUACUUCACAGGGGCUACCAACAUUCUCUACACAUUCGGGGGACAUGCUGUGACUGUAGAAAUCAUGCACGCAAUGUGGAAGCCACAAAAGUUCAAGGCCAUCUACUUGCUCGCUACUUUGUAUGUCUUAACCCUCACGCUUCCGUCCGCGGCGGCGGUCUACUGGGCGUUCGGCGACAUGCUUCUCAACCAUUCUAACGCUUUUGCUCUCCUCCCAAAAUCCCCCUUCAGGGACAUGGCCGUCGUCUUGAUGCUCAUCCAUCAGUUUAUAACAUUUGGAUUCGCAUGCACGCCGUUGUACUUCGUGUGGGAGAAGGCAAUAGGGAUGCAUGAGUGCAAGAGCAUGUGCAAACGGGCGGCGGCGAGGCUGCCGGUUGUGAUUCCGAUAUGGUUCUUGGCCAUCAUCUUCCCCUUCUUCGGCCCCAUCAACUCCACCGUCGGCUCCCUCCUCGUCAGCUUCACCGUCUAUAUCGUCCCCGCCCUCGCCCAUAUGUUCACCUUCAGAUCACCCUCCGCCCGUGAGAACGCCGUGGAGCAACCGCCCAAGUAUUUCGGGAGGUGGGCCGGCGCCUACACGAUAAACGCCUUCGUGGUGGCGUGGGUCCUUGUCGUCGGGUUUGGAUUUGGCGGGUGGGCGAGCAUGGUGAAUUUUAUUCACCAAAUUGACACAUUCGGACUCUUUGCCAAAUGCUACCAGUGCCCUCCGCCACCGGUCCCGCCACCGCACCGCCUCAACGCCACCGCCCCUCUUCUGCCUCCGCCGGCCAGCUUCCACCACGGGCGCCACCACCUGUAAGCCGCGGAAGAAUCGCAGUCUGCUUGCAGAGGACUUGAGGACUACCAAAAUGACUAGUUUAGAGCUUUGGAUUUUGUUUUAUUUUAUUUUUUAUGUGGUGCUGCAGCGUAAGAAAAAUUUUACUAUGUUAUGAUGGCUAAUGCUUAAAUCUUCACGUUAAUGUGCCAUA